GUGUUUCCGGGUCAAAUUCUGUUUUGAAGUCGCGAGGCAAAGACAGUCAACUGUACAACUUCCUGAGUGUAGAAAAUACGAACGUCCUUCAUAUGAAAUAUAUUUGAUCGUCAUUACUUACUAGCUAGUAGUUGUAUAAUAAAAUCGUGUGUGCGAGACUGGUGUUUUGGUUUACGUAUCCUCUAGUUUUGGUAGGAACGUGCGCUGGGGUAAAGAGAAUGUUGAGGCCACGGUCACGAUCACCCCACUAUUCUCACAGAGUUAGUCCGCGCAGGCAGGAUGGUCGGAGGUUCCCCUGGGACGACCCAGACUUCAACCCCCAGCAGGUGCUGGCUGACCUGGGCAGGCUGCCUGGGGAGGAUCAGUGGGUUCGCUUCAUGGAUGAGAUCCACCCAGAUGGCCCAGAGGGCCACAGAAGACCUAUGUCCCCAGGCCUCCACAAGCUUGACCACCACCUCCCCCCAGAGCAAUUCCACCAUCGCAGAACCCCACCGGCAGAACCCCACGAGCUGGGCUACGCCGAGCGCAGAAGGCUCUCCCCCCAUGAUGGCAGAGGGGGUGGCAGGGGAAAAGGAAGCGGGAGCGAAGGGCUGCCCCACUCCCCUCAGAGGCUACCCAGAGAGAAGCUGCCAUCACUGGCCCCGCAGCACCCUCACUACAGUCCUGACCACCACCAGAUAGUGUCCUCUGCAAGCUGGAGAAGAGAAGACCAGGACCAGAGCCAGGGAAGGUCCAGGGACCGCAGCCCCAGGGAGAGGGUUCAGGGUGGGGGGGAGAGGAGGGGUGGAGAUUUUUCAGGUCCCUAUGGAGACCAGAGCAGAGAAAACAUGCAUAGAGAGAAGAGCACCAUCUCUGAUCGGAACCGGAGGGAAGCUGAUGAAGCGGUGCAUCCUGGGUACGGAAAGGAGGCAGAGUUUAGGGUGCGCCGCCCCUCAUUGGAGAGGCCCCGGGAAGGGUACGGAGGAGCAGGGCCACGGGGGCGCAGGGGCCCCUCGGGGAGCCACGAUGGCCAGGGGCCUGGAACCCUCAUCGUGGAGCAUGACCAUGGUAUUAUAAACAGCAGAGGGCCAGAACUCUACAACAACCAGAGGGGCCGUGGCCCCGACCAGAGCCCAAGCCACGACCGAUUCAGUCAUCGUCACCAUCGGGCCAGAGCCACUGAGGAGCGGUUCAGGAAGUCGGGUAGCAGGUCCAAUACCAGAGAGGAGGCCAGGGGUCGGCUUGUCCAUGAGGAGAGGAGAGGACCUGUCCAUGAGGAGAGGAGAGGACCUGUCCAUGAGGAGAGGAGAGGGCCUGUCCAUGAGGAGAGGAGAGGGCCUGUCCAUGAGGCGAGGAGAGGGCCUGUCCAUGAGGCGAGGAGAGGGCCUGUCCAUGAGGCGAGGAGAGGGCCUGUCCAGGAGGCGAAGGAGAGGCUGUCCAUGAGGCGAGAGAGGGCUUUUCCAUGA